AUGCCGUCCUUCCGCGUGCAGCCUCCAGCACCAGACUCGCCCCUCGGCGCACUCGUGCCCGCCCUCACCCCCCACGCCGUCUCGGUCUCGCUCCCGACCUGGCAGGACAACGUCGACUACGAGGAGGGCGCACAGCGCAUAAAGGACGCCAUGACCUCGGGCUACCCGCGCUUCUUCAUCCACCACCGCAUCCAGCGACUCGCCGACCUCGCCUGUGCUCGCUCUGGCCAAGACGGCGAGCUGUGCAUCCUCCUCCCGACCAGCACGACCGCCCACGGCUGCGCCACCUUCCUCGCGUCGCUCUCCCCACCUGUCGCCUCGCGCGUCGUCCCCUGGGCCAUCCACUCGACCGCACCCUCGUCGUCCGACACCGAGACGACGGUCCGCAACCGCACCAUCACCGUCUACGCCUGCUUCUUCCCCGCCGACGACUUCCCGGCCGCCAAGCAGUACUGGCAGCACACGGGCGAGGGCGUCUCGUCGCGCGUCGCCGAGCGCUGCCUCAUCCUCCUCGGCGACAUCGACGCCGACGGCCACGACGGCGCCGCCUCGUCGCCGACCCACGCCACCCCGACCGUCGGCGAGGGCCAGGAGGGCGCGACCCGCUUCUUCGUCGACGGCGGCGGCAGCAGCGCGCCCGUCGCCGGCCCGAGCGCGCGCUACGGCUCCAAGGCCCGCUACCAGGUCGCCAAGGGCACGGCCUCGCCCGACUCGGUCGCCAACCUCGCCCGCCCCGUCGUCUCGUCCAAGUUGCGCUACUCGACGUCCAGGGCGCGCGUCACGUCGAGCAGCGGCACGGCGACGCCCACGACGACGACCGAGGCGAGCAGCGACGCGAGCGGGUCCGAGCCGAGCUCGCUCGCCGCGUCGGUCGACCAGCUGCCGCCGCCCACGCUCGCCGCCGCGCCCGACGUCAAGGUCGUCGAGCAGCAGGACGAGGACGUUCUCGCGCGCUACGUCGAGGAGCGCUACGGGCGCAACUUGGACCUGUCGCUCGCCCCUCUCGCCAAGCUCGCCAUGCGCCGCCGCAUCGCCGGCGUCCUGUGCGAGCAGCCGGGCGAGGCCAUCCCGGUCGAGGACAUGGGCGCCGACGACGCGAGGGAGGAGAGCACGCGCGGCGUCGUCGGCCUGACCGAGGACGACGUGUGGCUGUACCCGUGCGGCAUGAACGCCAUCUUCCACGCGCAUCAGCUCGCCAUGUCGGCGACGAGGAGCGACGGCAAGGAGGUCGGCAAAAGCGUCUGCUUCGGCUUCCCGUACACCGACACGCUCAAGAUCCUCCAAAAGUGGGGCCCGGGCUGUCACUUCUUCGGCAAGGGCCUCACGUCCGACCUCGGCGCUCUGCGACAAACGCUCGAGGCCGCCUCACCGCCCGUCCUCGCCCUGUUCUGCGAGUUCCCGUCCAACCCGCUCUUGCGGUCACCUCCCCUGCACGCCCUGCGCAAGCUCGCGGACGAGUUCGGCUUCAUGAUCGUCGUCGACGAGACGAUCGCCGGGUUCGUCAACGUCGAGGUCCUGCCGCUCGCCGACAUCGUCGUCAGCAGCCUCACCAAGGUCUUUAGCGGCGACAGCAACGUCAUGGGCGGCAGCCUCGUCCUCAACCCGAGCGGCCCGCACUACGCCUCGCUCAAGGCCGCACAAGAAGCGUCGUACGAGGACGCCUACUUUGACGAGGACGCCAUCUACAUGGAGCGCAACUCGCGCGACUUCAAGGCGCGCAUCGCCCAGGAGAACUCGAACACGGAGAUGCUGUGCGACCUCCUGCGCGCUCGCCGCAUCCCGGGUCCGCCAGCCGAGGGCGUCAUCGAGGCGGCACAACCUGCGCCGGGCGUCGACGUCGACGACCUCGUCGUGCGCGAGGUCUACUACCCCAAGUUCAUGACGCCCGAGCACUACGAGGCGUCGCUCCGAGCCGGCGACGGGUACGGCGCCCUGUUCAGCCUCACGUUCUCGUCGAUUCUCGCGUCGCGCACCUUCUUCGACGCGCUCCCCUGUUACAAGGGCCCGUCGCUCGGGACCAACUUCACGCUCGCGUGCCCGUACACGAUCCUCGCGCACUACACCGAGCUCGAGUGGGCCAACGAGUGGGGCGUCGAGAAGGGCCUCGUGCGCAUCUCGACCGGCCUCGAGGACCCGGACAUGCUGCGCGACUGGUUCGAGGCGGCGCUCGACAAGGCGCAGCGGGCCGUGCGCGAGGCGAGGGAGCGCGGCGAGGCCGUCGAGUAGAUCUAGACUUGCGUAGACUCUGCAACAAGGACCGUUCAGGUUC